CUUAGUCAUCAUCGCCACAACGACUGCUAUUUGUUGGUUACUUUUACCUCUUCUACUGGGUUCACUCUGAAGAAGCCACAGCAAGGAGGCCGGGCCCUGGGGCCGCUCUUCUUGCUGAUUUGCCAUCAAAACAGAGGAGGGAAAGCGGCUUCAUUCGUUCGCCAACCAUGUGCAUCAAGAGUCGAUCCGAGGUCUUCGCCCUGUCAAUCUUGUGCGCGAUAUACAACGUCGCCUACAUACUCAUACAUGCCAUGAAUUUAGCCUACCACAGCAACUUCGCGAAGCUGCACAUCAUGUACGUGGCCAUUUACUCGAUGGGCCUGCUGAUCUCCGUACUGUUCUUCGUCACCAUCAUCUCGAGGCGAGCCGCGACCAUGCAAGUGGGUGUGUUUCUGUGCAAAGUAAGGAUCGCCAUCACGUCCAUAGAGGUUGGUUACCUCGGCUAUAGGAUAGCAUUGGGCCGCUACGACCUGCCGUUGCACUUUUUCAAGGGGGAGAACCAAAAGAACGCUGUGCCCUUGGCCGUAGCCAGCCAGCGCGUUUUCAGGAAGAAACUUCGGAGUGAUAGAGAGUGGAGGAAGUUCUACCACGUCUCCUAUCUCGGCAUGGAAAUCUGCUUGCUGAUUAUUGACCUCUACGCUACCUGGCGACUGGAUUAUUUUGUGGAAAAUAUGGUCUACAAGGGCCUGUUCUACUGAGGCAUAAAAAUUCAGCGAGAUUCUCCGCAA